AUGAUAGACGGGAGGAGGAGAGGAGGAAUAGGAGGGGGGGACAACUUGACUAUAAAUUCACUUCUCGCCGUCACUCACUCACUCAUUCACUCACUCAUUCAGCGUGUCUGUCUGUCUGUCAAGCGGACACGCGCAACGCGGACACGCGCAAAACGAGCCGAACACGCGCAAAACGAGCCGGACACGCGGAGCCGCAUCGGUGCUGCUCCAGUCCGCUCAUCCUCUCUUUAUAGACUGUCGCGGAGUUGUUAAAAACGAGCCUCUCCGUGGAGAAGUGUGUGUGUGUGUGUGGCCGACAGUCUGGAGGAGUAACGGAAGAGCGCUAAUCCGUUUCAUAAAAGUUUCAUGAAACUUUAAAAACAGAAGGAGACCGGAAGGAAAUAAAGUUCAUAUCAAGAUAAAAUUAGGAAAAUGAUGCACCAGGAAGUCCAUCAGGCUCAAGUCAUGCUGCUGUUGGCCGCCGCUGUGGGGUGUGUUCAGGUACAGGACCACGCGCUGAUGCUGUCCAAUGAGAGGAGCACGAUCGAGAGAACAUACGAGCUGACCAAAUACCUGAACCACCAGCUGAAGGAAAUUAAAGACACUUACCUCUCGUAUCUCGGUCCUCCAUUCAGUGACCCAGGCUUCUCUCCACCGAGGCCCAACAUCUCCUCUCUAGCGGUUCCCAGUGCGGCGACACGGGAGGACCUGUGGCGAGGUCUUGAAAACGGAGCCCGUCUGGCACAGAACCAGCGUGCCUACAGUGUGCUGCUGUGUGCUGUGCGCGAGCUGGCACGAUCCACACUGUGUCCAUACCUCCAAAGCUCGCUCCUUCACUUCUGCUCGGGCCUCAGUGGACUCUUGGGCUCCAUCUCGGGGCUGAUGAAUGCCCUGGGCUACACGCCGCCCCUGCACAGCAAUGCUUCACCUUCUCAAAAAUACACACCUCUGUUGUCUUCUCCAUAUCAGCGGGCAAAUGUAAACGGUCCUGCCCCUUUGAGGAACCAGGCAUCUCGGGUUCAGGGCGGCCCAGGAGGAACGAGGGACGGAGCAGCUGGAUAUGAAAGCGAGCGGAAGAGGGAUAGAGACAGGGAGAGAGCUGAGCGAGGGAGAAGAGGGAGACGAAGGGAGGGGGAGAGCUGGGCAGAGAGAGAGGAGGAGGAUCGGGAGGAAGGUCUGGAGAGGUGGAGGAGGAGGAGAAGACUGCUGACUGUCGAAGAUGAGGAUGGCGGUAAACAAACAAGCCACAGCUACGAUCCGAACAGCAACAACAAUAACAACAUGAACAACUCGCACACAAGUUCCAAGCACUAUUUCAGCAAAUACGGCAAAGACAAACACUUAAACAUGAACAGCACAUCCAGUGAUGCCUGGAUUCCCACGGAAAUGGAGAGAGAGCGAAGGAUAAGCAGAGACGAAGAGGCAGAAGAGUUCCAAGCCGACGUUCCUGUCCUCUUUUCUUCGCCGUCCCUCCAUUCCGGGCACUCUGGACGCCCAAUAUCCUCUCCCCACCCACCGCUCUCUCCCCUCUCCCUUCUUUACGCAUACGAAGACGGGGUCACUGAGGUCGACUUGCACUUGAGCGUGGCCGCUCCCUCGCCACGCCCUGCCCUCAACGAUUUCACACGGAAAGUGGAGGGAUUCUGGGUACUCAGAGAGCUACAGAGUUGGCUGUUUAGAUCAGCUAAGGACUUCACCAGAUUGAAGAAGCGACUCCGUGUCUGAUUGUCUGUCUGCCUGCGUGUGUGAGUGAGUGUGAGUGAAUGCAUGAGUAAAAGUUCUUAAAGAAAAGAACACAAAAGGACUCAUACUUUGCACUUGCAGGAAAAAAGCGAACUCAUCCUGAUGAAAGAAAAAAGGACACUGGGAGAGACAGAGCAGCUUUUUACAGUGAGAGGCGAGUCAGUGUCAGAGUCAGCAGCUUACACAUUUCCGCCUUUUUGAGAUGAAUGAAAGGAAGACGUGAAGCGGAAACAACGAGCAGAAAAGUGCCUGCUGUCUCAUAAACUGACUCAGCACACAGGGACUCGUGAUUACCGAGCACUUGUAUGCUCACACACACUGUCACACUUUUCAUAAUGGGCCGUGUCAUGCGUCUUUGUAACCACUACAGUAUGUGAUCUUACACUUACCGCCAUAUCAGGCUUUUUUCCACUGCAAGCGUCACCAAGACUGGAAAGCAAUAAAUGUUAAUAGCGUUUUUUUUUCCUUUUUUUUUUUUUCUCAAGAUUGGUACCUAGAACAGGGUAAACUGUUGUCUAUAAUGUUGUCUAUGAAAUGUCUAGAACACUAUAUUCACAGAACAAUAUGACACAGAAAACUGUAAAACUGUCUCAUGUG